UAAUGGGGCAUAGAUUUGUAAUAAAAGUGUCGUCAAUAAUGAUGAUGCAUCAUUUUAGCUAUGCUAUUCACAUCCUGCUUUUGAUACGUCGGGCUCUACAAGAAAUGGGGCCAUUAGAACCCAUGAAUAUCUUUCUUCGUUUAGAAAUGGACAGAAUGAACAAAGUUAUCACUACCGUUCGCAAUGACCUUCUUGAUCUACAGCUAGCCAUCGAUGGAACUAUUAUCAUGAAUGAUUCUUUGAGGGAUGCCUUAGAAGCCAUCUACCAAGCCAGAGUGCCAGAACUGUGGGCUAAGGUAUCGUGGGAAUCGAGUACGUUAGGCUUCUGGUUUACUGAACUCCUGGAAAGAGACCAACAGUUCCGAAAAUGGUGCUUCAAGGCCAAACCAACGAGUUUCUGGAUAUCUGGAUUGUUCAAUCCUACUGGAUUUUUAACCGCCAUGAGACAGGAGGUCACGAGAGCACAUCAUGGUUGGGCAUUGGACUCUGUGUCUCAAAGAAAUAAAGUCACGUCUUUCCUAAAUCCAUCGGAAGUCACCGAACCUCCUACAGAGGGUGUUUACAUUUAUGGUUUGCACCUGGAAGGAGCUUCGUGGGAUCUGAAAAAUGGUUGUUUGAAGGAAUCUGUACCAAAGAUUCUGUUCGAGCCAAUGCCGCUAUUGCAUAUUUACGCAAUCAACAGCACUUCUGGAAAGAGUCCGGAUGUAUACGAAUGUCCAGUAUACAAGAAACCAAAACGAACAGACCUAACGUACGUGACGUCCAUUGACUUGAAGUGCCAUCGCAAUCCUAACCAUUGGAUAUUACGAGGUGUUGCAUUAUUAUCGGAUAUCAAAUAAAGCGCAGAUAAACUGGGAAAUAAGUUUGUACCGUAGAGGAGAAAACAAAUACACAGCGUUAAAUUUUAUUUUAAUGCUAGCAACCUACAGUUUAACUAGGAUGUUCAACUCUAUAUAAAAUAUUCACACAAAAGUACG